AUGGCUAUCGCACCCGAUACCUCCACAGGGUACCUCCACAACCUCACCCCCGAACAGGAAGCCAAACUGCGCGAGUUUUGGAUCAUUAUCUUCACUUCUGUCGCUUCGGUUUUAUCUGCUGUCUAUGAUGUACCCAUCCCCGAGGGACCCUCGAACAAGUUCUUCGAGGCGUUGGAUAAGAUCAAUGAGCCAAGUGUUGAAGCUAUUGUCGCCGCGUUGAAGGGAAAAUAUGUAAAUGGGGAAUCGACGAACGGAAUAGCCCCUGCGAAAACGAACGGCGAUACCAUCGGCCACACUAACGGUGAGACCAAUGGCAAAACCAAUGGACAUGGCAGCGGUGAGACGAAUGGUGAAACAAACGGAGAAAGCAAAGAACAAAAGUCACUUGACAAAGUAGACUCGCUCAUGAACAAAGAUGCCCAAAAAGCCAUCAAGUCGGAAUUGGCAACGCGAAAGGUCUCUCCGGAGCACUUCGCCACAUUAUUCGGGCAGCUCCGGAAAUUGGGCGUCCAAGAAUCAGAGAUCAAGUCAAUGGAAAGCAUUCUGGCUCAAAUGACGCCCCAGGAAAUGUGUUUUGCAAUCCUGAAAAUGGUCAAACAGGAGCAUCCCGACAGUCUCUUACUGCGAUUUUUGAGAGCCAGGAAGUGGGAUGUCGGCAAGGCUUUCAGUAUGAUGACUUCGACGAUCUUGUGGAGAAAAGAGAUGGAUGUCGAUGACGAUAUUCUGCCCAAGGGAGAGGGAUAUGCUUUGGAGCAAUCUAGGACUAGCAAGUCCGUGAAGGAGAAGAAGGAUGGCACUGAUUUCAUCGACCAGCUCAAGAUGGGCAAGAGCUUCCUCCAUGGCUUUGAUAAACAGGGCCGUCCUGUUAAUUAUGUCCGAGUGAAGAUUCAUAAGCCUGGUGCUCAGUCUGAGGAGACCCUCGAGCGUUAUAUUGUCCAUGUCAUUGAGUCUACUCGGCUUAUUGUGGUUCCUCCAGUUGAAACGGGCACAAUCGUCUUUGAUAUGUCUGGAUUUUCUUUGUCCAACAUGGAAUACUCACCCGUCAAAUUUAUUAUCAAAUGCUUCGAGGCCAAUUACCCCGAAUCACUAGGCCUCCUCCUCAUUCAUAACGCUCCAUGGAUCUUCUCCGGAAUCUGGAAACUCAUCCACGGCUGGAUGGACCCAGUUGUAGCAUCCAAAGUCCACUUUACGAAAUCAGUCGCCGAUCUGGACAAGUUUAUUUCACGCACCCAGAUCCCACGAGAACUGAAGGGCGACGAGGAUUGGCAAUACGAAUACGUCGAGCCAAAGAAGGACGAAAACGCUAUAAUGGAGGAUACCGCAACUCGCGACUCGCUCAUGCACGACCGUAUGAUGAUCGGUAUCCGCAUGCUUGCUGCUACGGCGGCUUGGAUCUCUGCUACUACAUUCGCUGAAGGGAAGGAGGAUCCGGCCGCGGUGGAUGAGCUCAAGUCGAGACGGAAUGCUGUUAUUGAGGAGUUCCGGGUUAAUUAUUGGAAUUUGGAUCCCUAUGUUCGGGCGCGGGCACUUAUUGAUCGGACCGGGGUUCUGAAGGAGGGUGGGACGGUUGCUAGGCAAGCUUGA